GGGCACUCGUUUUACAAGACGAAUAUUCGAGGGGAUCGGACCGCAUCAUCGAACUCCACAACUACGACCCAAUUGCCUCGAGUGUUCACGUCAGUAUCUUUUCCGGGCUACCCGACCCUGUUCGCUGUUAACCGCGAAGCGCGAUAUGAGAGCGCAAAGUUAUGGCGAGGACAAUGGGCCCACCUGUGCGAGGGAUGGGAAAUAUACAUCAACUUCGAAACUGACCGCAUCUUCCUCUCGGAGCGCUGUAUGGCGCCAAUACACCAGUGGCAAUUCAUAGACGGAUCACCCACGGUGGAAGAGUACCGUCUCAAUUACCUGGAACGCAUUUUCGGUCGUAUCGCGCUUAGGAAGAUCAAGUGCCUCAUGCUCAGCACUGUGCUGUCAUCGAGCGCCUCUCGGAAUGACAGCGUACGUUGGACAGGCGAAGGUCUUGAAGCAUUUAAGGAUGGUGAGCUGGAAACCGUCGUUUUGGUGUCGGAUGAGGUCGGACAUGCAGUGCAUGCGAAGAGGAGCACCGAGCAAAAGCUUGAGCAGACAAAAGCUUCUCAAAGUGAGAGGCAACGUGUCCCCUACGUUCAGACCAUGGUUUUUCUCGACCGAAGCACGGUCAUCCAUUGCCAGCCUAAUACGCCCUUCUGGUACCGAGUUGAAAUACCGCCAUCGGAGGUCAUGGCUUACGAUCCGAACGGACUUCACUACGCAGAGUACGACAUAUUGCUCCAUACCGCAGACGACGAGAGAAGGUUUACCGAGGAAGUCUUCCAAGAGGAGGAAUAUGAGACUGUAGGUACGCUGAACGCAGAGGAUGAUCAUGAAGUUAAGGAGAUAGUAGACUAUGGGACCGAACCUGAAACCGAGGGUGAGACGGAAGAGGAGAUGGAGGACGGAAUUGGUGACAUGGCCUUCUGACACGAUAGACCAGGCAAAGCGGGUACGGGAGUGAAUUGCGCUUUCAGUGAAAGCUUCCUUCCGCAUAUAUUUUCUCUUGAGGAGUGGAGGGGUGCACCACCGUCUUUUCUAGAGUGAGCUCCUCUUCUAGCGAACUUCCCGCGGGUAUGCUCUACCACUGGUCCACAUGCGCCCGCGAUCUCGUAGACAUCCCGUUCAUUAGAAGCCACCGCAUCGUCCCUCUUGGUAUAUUCAUCGAGCGUUUAACGCUCAAGUACCCGGAAGCCUUAACGGCAUAAUUUUAUGUGCUCCAAUCCCGUUUUCGGAGAAAUU